CAUGCCCAUCCUCAGUUUCGGUGGAGAUCAGUGCCGACGGGGUCAACAUGUUGCCGCUCUCCACACCAGUCAUCACCAGUGGAUUAACAUACAUAAAGAUCCAGUUGGUAAAAGCAGAGGUUGCAUCUGCUGUUUGCCUGAGGCUGCACCGGCCUCGAGAUGCCAGCUCUUUGGGUUUAUCUCAGAUCAAACUCUUAGGUCUUACAGCGUUUGGAAACACCUCCUCUGCAACAGUCAACAACCCAUUUCUGCCUUCUGAGGACCAAGUCUCCAAAACCAGCAUCGGGUGGCUUCGUCUCCUCCACCACUGCCUGACCCAUGUCAGCGACCUGGAGGCCAUGAUGGCCAGCGCCGCAGCCCCCACAGCUAAUCUGCUGCAGACAUGCGCUGCGCUGCUCAUGUCACCUUACUGUGGCAUGCACUCUCCCAACAUYGAGGCUGUUCUGGUCAAGAUUGGCCUGCAGUCCACAAAAAUCGGACUGAAACUCAUCGACAUUCUGCUGAGAAACUGCGCCGCCUCUGGCACCGACCCCGCCAAUUUGAACAGUCCCCUGCUGUUCGGGAGGCUCAACGGUCUGUCCUCUGACUCCACCAUUGAUAUUCUGUACCAGCUGGGGACUACACAGGAUUCUGGGACCAAAGACCGGAUCCAGGCUCUUCUGCAGUGGGUGCACGACUCCUCUCGAGUGGCAGCCAAUAAGAUGAGCGCAACGAUGGGUUUCCCUGGUUCCGGCUCCUCCUCUGCUUCUUCGAGGGAGUAUGGCCUCCUCAUGCCGUCUCCUUCCCACCUCCACUGUGUGGCGGCAAUCCUGUGGCACAGCUAUGAGCUGCCGGUUGACUACGACCUCCCUGCUCUCCUCAACAGAGAGCUCUUUGAGCUGCUUUACAACUGGUCCAUGUCACUACCAUCCAACAUUGUACUGAAGAAGGCUGUGGACAGCUUGCUGUGCUCCAUGUGUCAUAUCCACCCCAGCUACUUCGCCUUGCUCAUGUUCUGGAUGGGCAUCGUCUCCAUUCCCAGUGCYACGCACUCUCAGGCCCAGCAGCGCCGCCUCGCCAUGACCGAUGAUGGAAAGAAGCAGCACGACGCCAACGCAAACACCUCAGGACUUACAGAUGACUCCAAGCACGCUAGACCCCCCAUUAACCUGUCAGAGUCCCAGCUGAUGACGCUGUCAGCUGCCUCCCAGUCUCCUGGAGCGAUAGAGCAGCUGCUGGACUCGGGCCUGCCCUCGCUGCUGGUCCGCAGCCUGGUUCAGUUCUGCGUCAGCCUCCUGAUCAGCGCUGACCUCCCCCUGCCUGCCGCUCAGGCYGACAGGCGGCACCACCACUACCACUCGCCCUCCUCAUCCUCGCAGAGUCGGCCGSCUCUGGCCGCAGAGCUCGCCGCUCCGGUGCUGAGGUUCCUCACYGAAGUCGGCAGCAGUCACACCAUGAAAGACUGGCUGGGAGGGCCUGAGGUGUACCCGCUGUGGACCGCGCUGCUCUUCCUGCUCUGCCACUCCAGUGCCAGCACAAGCACAAACACCGGCUCUCAGCCAGSGAGCUCUGGAUCUGCUGCAGGGCCGCCCCCACCGACCCAGGCCCAGCAUUCAGGCACCCGCUUUUCCUCGCUGUCCUCUGGGGAGACCGGAGGUCUCACCACGCAGCAGAGGACGGCUCUGGAGAACGCCACCGUGGCCUUUUUUCUCCAGUGCAUCUCCUGCCACCCCAAUAACCAGAGGCUCAUGGCUCAGGUUCUUUGUGAGCUCUUCCAGUCUGCUCCUCAGCGAGGGAAUGUACCGAUCUCCAGAAACAUCUCAGGCUUCAUCAGAAGACUUUUUCUACAACUCAUGCUGGAGGAUGAGAAGGUCACGGUCUUCCUCCAGUCUCCCUGUCCGUUGUAUAAAGGACGUAUCAAUGCCACCAGCCACAUGAUUCAACAUCCCAUGUAUGGAGCAGGCCACAAAUACCGCACUCUGCAUCUGCCAAUCUCCACCACACUGGCUGAAGUCCUGGACCGUGUAUCUGACACACCCAGCAUCACGGCCAAGCUGAUCAGUGAGCAGAAGGAAGACAAGGAGAAGAAGAAUCACGAGGAGAAGGAGAAGAUGAAGGCAGACAGUGGUUUCCAGGACAACUACAGUGUUGUCGUGGCCUCAGGUCUGAAGUCUCAGUCCAAACGGGCUCUUUCAACACCUCCCCGACCUCCUUCAAGGAGGGGUCGCGUCUUGAGUGACAAGCUGACUGCGUCUUCAGGUGUGGACCCCUCAGCAAAAACCAUCAGUGUGCCUGUCUUCCAUCUCUACCACAAGCUUCUUCCAGGUCAGCCCCUCCCGCCCGAGAUGACCCUGGCUCAGCUGCUGACGCUCCUGUACGACCGUAAGCUGCCACAGGGCUACCAGUCCAUCAACCUGACAGUCAAACUGGGCUCCAAGGUUAUCUCCGACCCUGGUCUUUCCAAGACCGAUUCGUUCAAGAGGCUGCGCACUGAGAAAGUGGAUCACUGUGACUUGCUGAACAGCUGUCCUGACGAAGAAUCCAUGGCGGCUGCUGAAGAAUGUCUGGACGCUGCAACGGACGAGUCUCUCCUCGAGACCAGCCCCAUCCAGUCACCACUGCAGGUCUUUGCUGGCAUGGGGGGCCUGGCCCUGAUUGCAGAGAGGCUGCCUAUGCUCUACCCUGAUGUCAUUCAGCAGGUCAGCACCCCUGUGGUUCCCUCCUCCACGCAGGAGAAGCCGAAGGAUAGCGACCAGUUUGAGUGGGUGACCAUCGAGCAGUCAGGAGAGCUGGUGUACGAGGCGCCGGAGUCUGUUGCCGCUGAGCCGCCUCCUGUCAACAAGCAGCAGUCCCAGUCAUCCUCUUCCUCAUCCUCCUCCUCCUCGGUACAGACCAUGUCCCCCAUCCCCGCUCACUCGCUGGCAGCGUUCGGCCUCUUCCUGCGGCUGCCAGGCUACGCCGAGGUGCUGCUGAAGGAGCGGAAGCACGCCCAGUGUCUGCUGCGCCUGGUGCUGGGUGUCACCGACGAUGGAGAAGGCAGCCACAUCCUACAAUCUCCAUCCGCUAAUGUGUUGCCUACGCUGCCGUUCCACGUCCUCCGAGCAUUGUUCAGCAGCACUCCUCUGACCACCGACGAUGGCGUGCUGCUGCGCCGCAUGGCUCUGGAGAUCGGCGCCAUCCACCUCAUCCUAGCCUGUCUAUCCGCUCUGAGCCAUCACGCCCCUCGCAACCCCAACGCCAACAGUGGCGUUUCUGAGCCACAAAUGUCCAGCUGUCACAGUGCCGGGACCAGUGAGGAGCAGCAGCUGUACUGGGCUAAGGGAACCGGUUUUGGGACUGGAUCUACAGCCUCGGGUUGGGAUGUAGAACAGGCUCUCACCAAACAGCGGCUGGAGGAAGAGCAUGUCACCUGCCUGCUCCAGGUCCUAGCGAGCUACAUUAACCCAGCAGGAUCCAGCAGCUGCCACAGCGCUGACGGCGCCUCUGCAGACAGCAGAUCCCAGAACAGCUCAGCUCUGCCAGCGGUGCUGCAGGAGCUACUGAGCCAGUCCUGCCUCAUUCCUGCCAUGUCCUCCUACCUGCGCAAUGACUCAGUGCUGGAUAUGGCACGUCAUGUCCCGCUGUACCGGGCUCUACUGGAGCUGCUGAGGGCCAUUUCUACCUACACCUCCUUGGUUCCACUGCUGCUGCCUCUGUCGGCGGAGCCCGGACAAGAAGAGGAAGAGGAAGAUGAAGAGCACUCUGAAGGACAGACCUCUGUAGGAAUGCUGCUGGCUAAGAUGAAGACGUGUGUGGAUACGUACACAAAUCGCCUCAGGUCAAAGAAAGACAAAAGCAAAGGUGUGGUAAAAUCCGAAGGAUCCGACCCAGAGCCUGAAGGUUUGACACUGCUGGUGCCUGACAUCCAGAGGACAGCUGAGAUCGUCCAUGCUGCCACUACUAGCCUACGGCAGGCCAACCAGGAGAGGAAACUAGUCGAGUCUGCAAAGAAGGUUUGCAGCCGACCAAAGCCGCUGUCCAUUCUCCGUUCUGUUGAGGAAAAAUUUGUAGCUGCCAUGAAGAAACUCCAGUUUGACACCUUUGAAAUGGUUUCAGAAGACGAGGAAGGGAAGCUGAUGUUUAAGGUCAACUACCACUACAUGUCCCAGGUUAAGAACGCCAGCGACACCAACAGUGCGGCCCGAUCUCGACGCCUGGCCCAGGAGGCGGUGACCUUGUCCACCUCUCUGCCUCUUUCAUCCUCCUCCAGCGUCUUUGUUCGCUGUGAUGAGGAGAGGCUGGACAUCAUGAAGGUUCUCAUCACGGGCCCAGCGGACACKCCUUACGCCAACGGUUGCUUUGAGUUUGAUGUGUAUUUUCCCCAGGACUACCCCAACUCACCUCCCYUGGUUAAUCUGGAGACCACAGGGGGCCACAGUGUGCGCUUCAACCCAAACCUGUACAAUGAUGGCAAAGUGUGUUUAAGCAUUCUGAACACAUGGCACGGCCGACCAGAGGAGAAAUGGAACCCUCAGACCUCCAGCUUUUUACAGGUGUUGGUAUCGGUGCAGUCCCUGAUCCUAGUGGCUGAGCCGUACUUUAAUGAGCCUGGCUACGAGCGCUCCCGCGGCACCCCCAGCGGCACCCAGAGCUCCCGGGAGUAUGACGGCAACAUCCGGCAGGCCUCCGUCAAGUGGGCCAUGCUGGAGCAGAUCCGUAACCCAUCUCCCUGCUUCAAAGAGGUGAUCCAUAAACAUUUCUACCUGAAGCGAGCAGAGAUCAUGACUCAGUGCGAGGACUGGAUCGCCGACAUCCAGCAGUACAGCAGCGACAAGAGGGUGGGCCGCACCAUGUCCCACCACGCCGCUGCGCUGAAGAGACACACGGCUCAGCUCAGAGAGGAGCUCCUGAAGCUGCCCUGCCCCGACGGCCUGGAGCCCGACGCCGACGAGUUCUCCGAGAAGAACGCCACCCUCCUCCUCAAAGACACGCCAGGCCAGGACGCAGAGAAAGCCGGCGGCAGUCAGGACAGCCACUGCAACGAGGGCCAACUAUGAGACUCACCCCUCCUCCCACCACCAUCCUCUUUAUGAUUCUUUAAAGACUCGAUGGCUGCUGAGCCACAACUUUGUCAAUAUUUGUAUGUAAAGAUCUAAUUGCAGAUUAGCUGGAAACACAGGGACUCCAGAAGGCGACGAGACGUCCCUGAACCAUGCUACGCCCUUAUUAUAGAGUCAACAAAAUCUUUUAUUUACCUGUAAAAGACUAUAAACAUUUUUGUGUGCCCCCCCAAAUUGUGAAUUAACCACUGAUUGGUUGAUGAUAUUAAACUUGUUUAUGUAUACAUAAUGGCAGAGGACAGAUUAUAUAAGGGAAACUACCUUUGGAGAAGAAUGUUUACUGAAUGUUUUUUUAAUUAUUUCUUUUGGACUGUUAGCGCAGACAGUUGUAACCAACCAAGGACAUAUUGCUAUUUCUUUACGCAUAUUAUUUAAAAAAACAAAGCAAAGAAAUCACAGGUAACUCGAUCUGAGAGAAUCCUGCCCCAUACCCCAGUUAUCCCUGGCUGUGUUUGAUUUUUCUGAGAUCAUAUCCACUUGAGUAAUGGUUGCAAUGGACAUUUUAAAUGCUAUGUUAUCCCUUUCAUAGGCUUCAAAUUAAAAGGCUUUGCCACGCUCUUGAUAAACAYUUGUCGCCUCUCA